AGGCCGGGGCUGCGGGCCGGACGCGGCGGCGCGCACGCAGGCCUUGCCUCUCCCGGGCCUUCUCCCUCACGCCGGCCGCAGGGCGGGCGCGCACGCCGAGUGACGCUCGGAGGAGGAAGCGCAGCCCCCUUCCCCUCCCUGGCUGCCCCUGCCCCAGCGGGAGCCCCCCCAGUGCGCCUGUGCGGAGGCCUACUUGAUUAUGUGUGCCCUCUCCGGGCUCCAGCGUUAGCGGCCGGGUGGAGAUGGUCUCUAGCGACCGGCCCGUGUCACUGGAGGACGAGGUCUCCCAUAGUAUGAAGGAGAUGAUUGGAGGCUGUUGCGUUUGCUCAGACGAGAGAGGCUGGGCCGAGAACCCGCUGGUUUAUUGCGACGGGCACGGCUGCAGCGUCGCGGUGCAUCAAGCUUGCUAUGGCAUUGUUCAAGUACCCACUGGACCAUGGUUUUGCAGGAAAUGUGAAUCUCAGGAGAGAGCAGCCAGAGUGAGAUGUGAACUGUGUCCUCAUAAGGAUGGAGCUUUAAAAAGAACAGAUAAUGGGGGUUGGGCUCAUGUGGUUUGUGCCCUGUAUAUUCCAGAGGUACAGUUUGCCAAUGUUUCUACAAUGGAACCAAUUGUUUUACAGUCUGUUCCACAUGAUCGUUACAAUAAGACUUGCUACAUUUGUGAUGAACAAGGGCGAGAAAGCAAAGCAGCUACCGGUGCUUGCAUGACAUGUAAUAAACACGGAUGUCGGCAGGCUUUCCACGUGACGUGUGCUCAGUUUGCUGGACUACUUUGUGAAGAAGAAGGUAAUGGUGCAGAUAAUGUCCAAUACUGUGGCUACUGUAAAUACCAUUUUAGCAAGCUGAAAAAGAGCAAACGGGGAUCUAAUAGGUCAUAUGAUCAAAGUUUAAGUGAUUCUUCCUCUCACUCUCAGGAUAAACAUCAUGAGAAAGAGAAAAAAAAAUAUAAAGAAAAGGACAAACACAAACAAAAACACAAGAAGCAACCAGAGCCAUCACCUGCGUUGGUUCCUUCUUUGACUGUUACCACAGAAAAAACUUAUACAAGCACUAGCAGCAACUCUAUAUCUGGAUCAUUGAAGCGUUUGGAAGAUACUGCAGCUCGAUUUACAAAUGCAAACUUCCAGGAAGUCUCUGCGCACACAACUAGUGGAAAAGAUGUUUCAGAGGCUAGAGGGUCAGAGGGAAAAGGGAAGAAAUCUUCAGCUCACAGCUCAGGUCAAAGGGGAAGAAAGCCUGGUGGCCGAAAUCCAGGAACGACUGUGUCAGCAGCUAGUCCUUUCCAGCAAGGCAGUUUUUCAGGAACUCCAGGCAGUGUAAAAUCAUCUUCGGGAAGUUCAGUACAGUCUCCCCAGGAUUUCUUGAGCUUUACAGACUCAGAUCUGCGUAAUGACAGUUAUACUCACUCCCAACAGUCAUCAUCAACCAAAGAUGUACAUAAAGGAGAGUCUGGAAGCCAGGAAGGGGGGGUAAAUAGUUUUAGUUCCAUAAUGGGUCUCCCUUCGACCUCAGCUGUUAUUUCACAGCCUAAAAGCUUUGAAAAUUCACCUGGAGAUUUGGGUAAUUCCAGCCUUCCUACAGCAGGAUAUAAACGGGCUCAAACUUCUGGCAUAGAAGAAGAAACUGUAAAGGAAAAGAAAAGAAAAGGAAGUAAACAAAGUAAGCAUGGGCCUGGUAGACCUAAAGGAAACAAAAAUCAAGAGAAUGUUUCUCAUCUCUCAGUUUCUUCUGCUUCACCAACAUCAUCGGUAGCAUCAGCUGCAGGAAGUGUAACCAGCUCUAGUCUUCAGAAAUCUCCUACCUUGCUCAGGAAUGGAAGUUUACAAAGUCUUAGUGUUGGCUCGUCUCCAGUUGGUUCAGAAAUUUCCAUGCAGUAUCGGCAUGAUGGAGCUUGUCCAACAGCUACUUUCUCAGAGUUGCUGAAUGCAAUACACAAUGACAGAGAUGACAGUUCUACACUAACAAAGCAGGAACUUAAAUUCAUAGGUAUUUAUAACAGCAAUGAUGUAGCAGUAUCCUUUCCAAAUGUAGUAUCUGGCUCAGGAUCUAGUACUCCUGUCUCCAGUUCUCAUUUACCUCAGCAAUCUUCUGGGCAUUUGCAACAAGUGGGAGCUCUCUCCCCAUCAGCAGCAUCAUCUGCAGCCCCAGCUGUUGCUACAACUCAGGCAAAUACCCUAUCUGGAUCUUCUCUUAGUCAGGCACCAUCUCAUAUGUAUGGCAAUAGAUUAAAUCCAAAUUCAUCAAUGGCAGCUCUUAUAGUUCAGUCUGAAAACAGUCAAACAGAUCAAGAUCUCGGAGACAAUGGCCGCAGCCUUGCUGGCAGAGGAAGCUCACCCCGAGGAAGUCUCUCACCGCGAUCUCCUGUAAGCAGCUUACAGAUUCGCUAUGAUCAACCAGUCAACAGCAGUUUGGAAAAUCUGCCUCCAGUAGCAGCCAGCAUAGAACAGCUUUUGGAGAGGCAGUGGAGUGAAGGACAGCAGUUUUUAUUAGAACAGGGUACUCCUAGUGACAUUUUAGGAAUGCUGAAGUCAUUACAUCAACUUCAAGUUGAAAAUCGAAGAUUAGAAGAACAGAUUAAAAACUUGACAGCCAAAAAAGAACGUCUUCAGUUACUGAAUGCACAGCUCUCAGUGCCUUUUCCAACAAUAACGACAAAUCCUAGCCCAUCUCAUCAAAUGCAUGCAUUUUCAGCACAGAAUGCUCCUACUACUGAUUCCUUGAACAGCAGUAAGAGCCCUCAUCUGGGAAACAGCUUUUUACCUGAUAAUUCUCUUCCUGUGUUAAAUCAGGACUUGACCUCCAGUGGACAGAGCACCAGCAGCUCUUCUGCUCUUUCUACCCCACCUCCCGCUGGGCAGAGUCCAGCGCAGCCGGGCUCAGGCGUUAGCGGAGUUCAGCAGGUCAAUGGUGUGACAGUGGGGGCACUGGCUGGUGGAAUGCAGACUGUAACAUCCACCAUUCCUGCAGUGCCUGGAGUGGGUGGAAUAAUUGGAGCUUUGCCAGGUAACCAACUGGCAAUUAAUGGCAUUGUAGGAGCUUUAAAUGGGGUUAUUCAGACCCCUGUCACAAUAUCACAGAACCCUACCCCCCUCACCCACACCACUGUACCACCUAAUGCAACACAUCCAAUGCCAGCCACACUGACUAACAGUGCCUCAGGACUAGGAUUACUUUCUGACCAGCAAAGACAGAUAUAUCUUCACCAACAGCAGUUUCAGCAGUUGUUAAAUUCUCAGCAGCUCACGCCAGAACAACAUCAGGCCCUCCUGUAUCAGUUGAUGCAACAGCACCACCACCAGCAGCACCACCAGCCUGAGCUACAGCAGCUCCAGAUGCCUGGGCCCACGCAAAUACCGAUCAACAACCUGCUCGCGGGCACCCAGGCGCCGCCGCUUCACCCCGCGACCACCAACCCCUUCCUCACCAUCCACGGCGACGGUGCAAGUCAGAAAGUAACGAGACUUAGUGAUAAAACUGGGCCUGUCACUCAAGAGAAAAGUUGACACUUGAGAAACCUCUAGAAAUUGCCUCUCCUGCUGCUCUAGCACUUGAUCUGGCUGCCAUUGCAGCCCUCCUACACCUAUGAAGAAAUGCGACAAGAAAUGAACUGCACAGCUAAGGAUUAAUUGCCACAAGGACAUUCUUGUAAGGCUUUGGUUAAUUUUCUUGUUGCUUUGUUGCACUGAAAUGGAAUUUCCAUGCCCCCCAUCCCUCAACCCAGAUUUUUUUGAACUUUGAGAAAAAAAUUUAAUAACUAACUUUUGUCAAUGAAAUAAUUUACAUGCAAUGAAUUUAUCAACCUAAGAGAAAUUUAAUAUAGUUGGUGCACAACUCAUUUUGUUAUAAAUUGGAGAGAUGAACAGCAAAACUAAAGACGUGUUCCAUUAUAAACUUUGAUUUUGUUGUGCAAGUUGGAAUAUGAAAUACAGUCUUUUGUUUGGGUUACAGUAUGCUUGCUCUGUGAGUCCGAUCUUAAGACAGAUUUUAAGGAACUGUCCCAAUUUCUUCUAUUGGAGUUUUAUUGGUUAAAUAUUGCAAAUUAAUAGGUCAUCAACUGGGACUUGGCAAUCUUUGUUCUAAAAAUUUUCUUUAUGAUGGGAUUUGGCCAAUUUUGGUAAUCAAGUUAGGCUAGUAAUGUCUGCUUCUGCUAAAGGUAAUUUUCUUUUGCUAAACACUUUUUUUUUUUUUUUUUUUAAAGUGCUUAGACCUACUCGUGUUUUAAAGUUAACUACUCAUAUUUUGAGUUAAGUGAGUUCUAAGGCUGCUGGGGGAACCAGAUCAAUUCAAAGUGAAAGAUUUCUUUCAGAAAGAGGGGCCACUCUGGAAACUGCUGGCAGGGUUUGGCCUGAAUCAAGUGCCUGUUCGUACCUCCGUUGUGUUGAAACGGCUCUGGACAGCCGAGCCUGCAGCGUCGUCAGUCCUGUGAGUAGUGGGAGCAGUCGGUGCCGCACAGCAGCCUUCCCCGUGCUUCUGCCUUGAUUGAAAACUUUCUAUGCCACUGUAGAUAGCUCAGGCAAAACUAUUACCUGGGUGUUUAUCCACUAAUGAGUCACAAGAAAAAUGAGUGGAUUUGGUAAGGUUUUUAGUUUAUUUUUUUUACUUUGUUUUUUGUUGUUGUUGUUGUUAAUUUAAACAGCUUCCCGUUUACUGACAGUGAUUUCAAACAGACCGAACAACUGCAGUUCCUGAAACAGGUGAAAUCUGUAUUUACAGUCCUUACACUUGGGGUAGCCACGCCCCUGGGGUGACGGUAUGGCAGAGUAGAAAUUAAACAAUUGGGGAUGUAAUCACUGAACUGUUCUCAAAUGUGUGAAUUAUUAGUGGAAAAGACCCAGCUGUAAUUAGACCUCCACUGUGUACUUAGCUGGAAGAACAUGUUAAUUCUGCAAUAUGUCUCUUGGUUAAACAUUGCACAGUUCUUACCUCAUUUCUGUAAAUAAGGUUUUGUGAAUCUGUUUUGUAUUGUGAAAAAUUCAUAACAUUGAUAUUUUGAUUUGUAAUAUUUCUAAUUGGUAGAUUUAAUUGAAAAGUAAAAUUAAUUUAUUUUUAUAUGUUCAGGGGAAUUUUAAAGAAAGUCAAAUCUUUUGUAGAUAAUUAAAAAAAUCGGUGUGGUUUAUUUUACUUAUUUAACCCACUGGUUGUUAUUCUGUAACAAUUUGUAUAAAUGGUAAAUUUUGAAUGUGUUGUUAUUUUACCUAGAUGUAAAAUUCCACAUGUAUUAAAGAAAAUGUACAAAGUUUUUGUUAAUAAAAUUUAAUAAUGUUUAUAA